AUGGGUGUUACAGCCUUUGCUACGGCAUUUUUUCCUGGUUUAACACUCACACAGCUGGCACUAUUGGCCUCAAUGAUUGUUGAGGGCCAGCCUGCUUCCAAAUAUCUUGAGCUGCUCACCCCUCAACUUGUUAGUUAUUCUGUGGUUGUUGCAGUCCCAUGUAUUCUAGGUAUAUUUCUCUUUGUCUUCUUGCUGUACAUCCUUUUCGCCAGGCUAUGUGGAUGCGGUUCAAAGAGAUGUAGAAUUUGUCUUAGAUGUAAUUCUUGCUGUUAUGUUGUUCAGAUAAUUUCAUGCAUCGUAGGCCUUGCGGGAUGCGUCGGUUUGAUAAUCGCGAGCACACAACCUCUUAUCGGUUUCACAAAUGCGUCCAAGGAGUUGCAAACGCUUACUGAAAGACUAGAUGUCACCACCAAGGGUGCAGUGUCUGCUGGUGACAGCAUACUAGACGCGCUCCUGAUCUUCUCAAAUGGCACAGAGCUGGGCUCCCCCGUCAGCAAGAUGCUCGGCAUGGAUAGUCAACAAUUGCCUGCCUACAUAACUGAUAUCUCAACCCACACACUAAUAGGACCACUCUACAAGGCAGUGGCUGCAUCUGACAACAGCUUCGCUUCUAGUAUCUCCUCUCUCCUCGAUCCAAGUUGCAACGAGGCCUACAAGAGCAUCGAUCUUGUUGAGGACUUUGCGAGCAAUGCGAAUAUUAGAUUGCAAUUGAUAGGAUUGGAGGAUAAACAAAAGGCAGUGAUUGAUGACCUGCAGACUAGAAAAGCUUAUUCAUACUUUGAAAAUACAAGUAGUGCAAACAACGUCGAUGACGUAAAGAUCACUACAUCAUCUCUUGCUCACUUAAACCGAAAGUCCAUCGUUGGUGGGGCCGUCUAUGCAAUAAAUAGCGUCGUCAUGGGGGUUAAUAAUUCUCUGGAGCCUAAGACAAAAGCUGCUCCAGAUCUUGCAGCGCAGUGGAAAGCAAUAAUAGAAGAGGCAAGCAAACAAGUCUUUUCGUCAGUUGAAGCUUAUAAUAAGUAUAAAUCUUCUCAAGAUAGCCCUAUUCCGCGGACAGAUCUUAAGUUACCCGCAUCACGCAGCGCAGCUGACAUUAUUGGUUUCAUAAAAACUCAUCUUGACAAGCUAGGCAAUGACGAGGAUAACAGGAAGCUGAUUAGGGCCAUUCUUGAGACUUUUACCGCUGGACAAGCAACAAUUGGAUCGUUCAUUAAGACUCUCUGUGCUUCCGAUCUCAAAAGCAAGUUCACUACUCUUUGCAGUGGGAUAACAAGCAGUUCAACAGACACAGAUAUAUCUUCCAGGCUCAACAGCUUGAUAAUCCCAACCGACAGCUUCACUGGUGCUCUUAAGGACCUCUUUGAUGAUCUCAGUGGGCUCCUUCCGUAUCUGGACUAUGUGCAGGAGCUGCAGUUACACAGGAAGGAACUAGAGCCCCAGUAUGUCUUUGACGCCUUCGUUAACAACAGGACAUGCCCGUACUUCAUUUCUGGCCUCGCCCCACUACUGCAUCCGGGGACAACAAUAACCACUUGCACGCCAGAAUUCAUGGAGAAGCUUCCCUCUUGGGCAAAGAGCUACACUACCCUGACGCUUGCCUUUCCCUUAGCGACGGCCUUCAUGCUUCUCUUUCCUCUAGCGAGCUUCACCCUGGGACUCUUGGGAGCAUUUUGCAAGAAGAAGAGUCUGCUCACAUGGGCCUUGAUUUGCAACGCCUCUAGCAUUCUCUGUGUGGUCAUUCUUCUUGCCAUCUUUGGCCUUCUUGCUGCGAUCAUCGGCAAGGUGCUUGUUGUCCAGGCAUCUGCCCUCUUCAACAAUCCAGAAACGUACAUGGACGCAAACUACCCCCAGAUUAUGUCCAUUAUUAAUGCAUCAAUUCCAGAAGAGUACAGGAAGGUCUUUGUAAGCAACGUCUCCAUAGAUCUUUUAUGCAACUCAGAGAAUCAAGGGAAUGUCUUCCCCACGCUUGCGUACACAACACCUAGCUGUAUCCCCAUAGAUUGGAGCACCUAUGCAGCACUCAAGGGCACGGGAAAGGGCGAUGUGUGCACAUCUUCAUUGGGUGCUGUUGCCGAUGCCGCUACUAAACUGUCAUUACCCACAGACGAUCCUCUUCGUUCUGCUGGCCUAUCCUUUCCCUUGAAUUUCUCUACACUUUCUCUAACCAAUCUGAUCUACUAUAAUAAGAAGACUCACAAUAACAACCUGUUUCAACUCAUAGGGCUUCCUGAGUUUUAUCCACAGCUGAAGGAGUUGCUUCCAAACGCAGCCACGGCUCUUCUAACCCUGGGAUCCGUUUUUGUUAACGGUGCAGAGGAGGUGAUGGUCAGCACUAUGGCUCCUGUUAUUAAAGGCAUUAGUGACUCUCUCAAUAAAGCUGAGCUAAAGAAGAUUAACUUAUUCCUGCAAGCAAAGGAUGGCUACGCCUUAUAUGCUGCAAACUAUUCAAGUGAAGAUAUGAGGAGUGCACUCUACGGGUCCUCUGUGUCUUCUGAGCUAUUUGACAUUUAUAAGGCAUGCAUUACAUAUGUGGAGAGCUACACAGGAGAACAGAAGCCGAACGCACUCUCACUGCAAGAGGCCGUAGCUUCCGUGCGGGGACUCAGUGGGAUCAAGGGGGAGUGCAUUGCUCUCGCGCAGCUGCUACGUGGUGUAGCAUUUGCAGCGGGCUGCGAGCUCACAACCUUUGAUCAGACAAUAAAAUAUACUAUGGCCUUCAGUUUGGACGCAUUGUGUGCAAAGGAUGGUAUUGCAGAUUUUAUGAAGAGCUUGCGUACAGCACUAAAUGCACUUAAAGCAUCCUGCUCUGGUUAUACUGGUGUUCUUACCAAAGUACUAAAUAAGACCAUGGAAGCAGAGGAUAUUAGGCCGGGGUGUCAGAAGGGGAAUACAAACGGCAAUAGCCUAACAAAUGAGAAAAUUAUCAGAACGUAUCCGGCGUUCGCGGAGGCCAUGAUGGCCCUUCUUCCUCGCGGGCUCACUGUAUUUGGAUGGAACGCAUCUAUAACAAAUGACGAUGCAUUUACCCUUAUUCUUGAUACUACACGGGCAUACCAGAGGUUCACCGAUGUAUUUACUGGGUGGCAAGCAUUCAACACAGACACGGUGACCUUUAUCAGUGCAUACUCUGACCUGAUCUCUGCAAUUUUGUCCCCAAUCACCAUAUUCUCUGACAUACUCGAAACCAACAUUAUUGCGACCAGUCACACAGGCAGACUCACUCCUGGGUUUUCGCCUUGCUUCGACACAACUGUCUUGGCGUCCCUCCGUGCACUCAUCAAUGAUACUAUGCUGGUCCCUGUCAGCAGGGCUGUUGCAGCUUCCCUAGACGCAGCCGUGGGAGACAAGGGACUGAUUACGCCAUACACCUGGGAGGCUGUCUUUAUUCUGUUCGAUAAGCUUCUCUUCGGGGUCGGGAUGCUGGAGAGCUUUGGAGCUGUCUUCCUGUGUCUGUACUUCAUCUGGGCAGGGUUCUUCUUCGCGGUCUUCGGCCAGAACAACUCCUGGAUCUUUCUUUCUCACACAAGCGUAGGGCCGGCCGAUGAUAACAGCGAAAGGGUGCGACUUAUGCCCAGCGCCUCACCCUAG